AUGCAAGGUCAAUUGCUGUUCUUCCUAGGACUGCUUGCCCUUUUUAGCGCUCAACAUGCUUCAGCUGGCAAUUCCUCAAUACUAUCUAGCGCGGCACUGCCUCCUUUAUCUAAAUUGGCGGAAGAGCCGGAAUUGAUUGUCGACUUUGACUUGUCCAAGCCAUCUAGUGUAGUUGAAGCAGCGGAAACAUCAAGUGUGCCUGCUGUAUUUAGAUUUCCUAAAUCAAGUAAGCCGUACAAAUUGGGUAUUUUCACCACAUAUAAACCAACGGUUUGUGGUAUUGCCCAAUUCAGUGAAAAUAUGAUUAAGGGGCUACUUAAAGCGGCUCCUAAUGUGCAGAUUGAGGUCUUCAAUGCAGUUCGAUGUCCCCCGGGUCCGCCCAGAGUCAGCAAGGGCAUAAAGAUUCGCGAUGUCUACUGCAUGUCCUCUUACGAAGUGUCUGAGUUUGAUAGGCUAGCGAAUUAUAUUGCCCAAGAACAAUUUGAUGGUGUUUUGAUCAACCAUGAAUUUGGUAUCAUUGGUAAUCACGCCCACUUUGUUGAUCUACUUAAACUCCUCAAACGAACUAAGGCGGACCGCUACACCAUGAUUCAUACCCCAAUGAGCUAUCCCGCUAAAGAACAACGAGCUCAUCUCCGAGCUGUAGCAACUCACUCCACCAAUGUCUUUGUGAUGUCCUGGAAGGCCAAACACUAUCUUCACCAUACCUAUGGCAUUCCCGAACAUAAAAUCGUUUACUUCCCCCAUGGCAUUAGUCGGCGCACUCCCUCCAAGGCAGUCCUGCGCAAGUUCGGUCUUGCCCCAGAAAGGUUCAUCAUUUAUUGUGACGGCAUCCUCCAUCCAAACAAAGGCAUCGACCGAAUCAUUAAAGCUUUGGCCAUUCUUAAGGACCGAGGCAAAAUAGAUAAUAUCCUACUACUGGUAGCCGGAACUAACAGUAAAAAUGGCCGGUACAUGCAACGAGCUAUUUACCCGCUGAUUAGAAGGCAUCGCCUGGAAAAGCAUUUCCGCUGGAUCCCGCGGUUCUUAACUAACAAAGAAAUGGCUACUCUGCAUAAGCGGGCCAAUAUCUAUCUUACCCUCUUUAAUGAAGUCAUUCCUACUUCCGGCACGCUGACUUAUGCCAUGUACGCCGGGGAUGCUAUCAUUUCAACCCCCUACCGCUAUUCUUUGGAAUUACUAGGGGUUGAUAACCAUCCACAGCAUGGCACUAAUCUUCGUCGUAUGAACGCCCUCCGCCAUGAGAAGAAAGUCAUUGGCUAUGCCGGUGUAAGUGUGCCUUUCGCUAAUCCAGAGCAUCUGGCCGAUGCCAUUCUUGAUAUCAAAAACAAUCCGGAAUUGAGCCAAACACUUGAAAAGAACGCUCUUCACCGAACCAAAGGCUAUUCAUGGACCAAUGUAGCUCGCCAUAUCGCGCACUUUCUUCAAACCAAAGAAGCUGUCGCUCUCAACCCCGAUCCAUACAAGAACUGCUAUGUUCCUUCUUCCUGUGCCUGGACACCCCACAAGAUUACCUCUUUCUUCACACCCACUACUAUCAAGAACUUUCCUGAUGGCUAUUACCUUAUCUAUCUUGACUCAUUUGUUAAAAUAACAGGUCAUAUUUCUAAUCAGCAAAUCAAACGCAUCUUUGUCCAGCCAAGACAGAAACCCAAUCGCACUUCCAAACUCAAGCGCAAAACAUAUCACAACCGCUCAAAAACCAUCCAACUCACUACCAGCCCGCACGUAUCCCUAGAAAACUCAGCCAAGAAUAGGUACACCAUCUUAACUCCCAACAUUGCUUUUGAAAUUAGGUAUUUGCCUAAAUCCCGGGCAGUCUCCUUCGUUGUCCUUUAUGAAAACAUCCACGGCUGUGCCUCCGGAAUGCUCGGCUGUACUCUCCGUCAAAAGUAUGACCUAACCAAACCACCCGUACCACAGCCCAGCCAUUUCCGUUUAGGAGGACCUUUCCAUCGUCGCUAUUGUAAAUAA